AUGUCUGAAAAUUUCAAGUUUAUUUUUAUACUAAUAUUUUUCUCAAAUAUUUAUGCAAAAAUCAAGAUUUAUAUUCCGGAAGAUGAAGAUCAAAUCAAUAUCUACACAUAUUAUGAAAAUGUUUAUAUAAAUCAAUCAACUGUAGCUUUGCCAGAUUUGGAUCCAAUUUAUACAAAUUUUCAGAGUGUUUAUAUUUCGGGAAAUAUUCGAAUUACUGAACGAGAAUUGAAGGCGUUUUUUGAGAAAAUUCGAUUUUUCUUUGGUGAAAUUGUGGUGAAUUCGACGAAUUUGAAGAGUUUGUCAUUUUUGAGACCACAGUCUUUGAAUGGUGAUCCUGAUACUCAUGGUAGGUCUUUUGAAACCGAUUUUUGACGUGGUUAGAGACCCUUACAAAAUAAUUUUGAAAAAAGCUAACUGUAGUUCAUUUUGUGAAGAAUUUCAAGAGCUUCAUUUUGAGCUUUCAAAAUAUAUACCAAGAAAAGAAGGUUGUGAUUUCUACUAAUUUUCAAAACAAAAUUCAGAUCCAUGUUUUCAGCGGGUUUAACAAUUACAAAUAAUCCAAACCUCACCGAAAUUGGAAUUGAUUUUCUCGCCUGUCCAUUUUGCGUCGAAAAAAUCAUAAUUGAAAACAAUCAAGCUCUCGAUCUCCGUAAUGAAUGUGCAAAUAUAAUCAAAAUAUAUGGAACUUGGCGACAAAUAUCAGAUAAUCUUUAUGAUUGUGGUUGUGAGAUCAAAAAUAAUCAAAAGCUCUCCGCUUUCAUUGAUAAAAAAUUGAAAGCAAAUCCAAAAUGUGAUUGGAUUUUUGGAAAUGUUACAAUUGAUUCAACUUAUGAAUAUAAUUAUUUGGAAGAACAUUUGAGAAAUAUCACAAGAAUAACUGGAGCAUUAUCGAUUGUUUCGACAAAUUUUCAAGAUUUUAAAUUUUUCAAAAAUCUAAAACUAAUCGAUGUUCCAAUUACAACAACUUUUUUGCCAAUUAUUGAAAUCAAAAAUAAUACAGAGUUAAAGGAAUUGGGAUUUAAUAUAACUCGAAGAGGUGUGAAUUUGAUAAUUUCUGGAAAUCCGAAACUUCAAAUUACGGCUUCGGAAUUGGUUGGAUUAUUUAGCGAAGAAUGUCCGGAUUCAGAAUUGGAUGGAUUUCAAAUCAAAUUUGGAGCGGAUGGUGAGGAAAAUGGUAUUUGUGAAAUUCCAAAGGAUGGAAGUUUUGAGGUAUUUUUUUUGGAAUUUGUGAUAAACACCUGAACUAGUUCGGAUUGAAAUCUCUUGUUCCAGAAUUUUCCGGAUGGCUGUGUGAAUCUAAUAGGAAAUCUAACAAUCGAUGACAAUUUCAACUAUGAGCAAUCAUAUAAACUUCACAUGGUUUACAAUAUUUUUGGAAGUAUUGCGAUUCGAAAUACAAAAAUAAGAAAUCUCAAUUUCAUACCAAAUUUACACAAUAUUUAUACGAUCCAUCAAAAUCAGAACGCAAUUGAGAUAACAAACAAUUCCGAUUUAUUAAAAGUCUCAUUUUUUCAAGAUUUUGGUCAAAUCCAAAGUGAUCAAAAAGCAAUUUUCCGAAAUAAUACAAAUUUGAUAAUUGAGGAAUCAAUGUGCUCAUUUUGGUAUUCGACACGUGGAAAAGCACCAAUUAUUGAAGGAAAUCGAGUUGAUUGUGAUAGAAAUGAUUUGACAACAAAGAUUGGGAACAAAUUGAAUAUUGAUUAUUUUGGAGAUAUUCCCAAUUUUCCUGAUAUACAAUAUUCUUUUGAAAGUGUUCCUUCAGUCACAAGAAUUCCGGUAAAUGUAAAUGAUAGAGAGGAAGAAAAUGUUGCGACAACGACUACAGAGAUUACUGUAACCGAGAAUAAUUGUGGGACCACUAAAGUUUUGAUUAUUUCAAUUUUAAUGGUUUGCUUUGAUCAUUGUUUUUGA